AUGUCGCACUCAAGCCAUCUCUACGAUUCGGACCACUCCGACGAGAUGGACCACGACACGCCCAUCCAACCCCAACCCCUUACCAUCACCAAGAACUCCACCGUCAACGACAAGUUCGACGACGAGGAGUUCUCGGAAGACGAGUUUGAGAACGUCGCACCCUCCAAGUUCUCCACAACGGCCCAGGCCGCCAUGGAUCUCGCGAACGCCAACCGCUCAUCCGUUGCGGAUAUCCGCAACAGGUUCGAGCCCGGAAACACCGGUAACGAGCCUGGCUUUGCGCAGCGUGGGUUCGGGCUCUCGUCGGCCCAGAACCUUGCACCAAGCCGUGCCUCCGUGCGCUCGUCGUUCUACCCAGAUGAGCAGGACGAGCGGCCGAUGCGGGACUCCGAUUUCCCACAGGGAAGUCGGGGUCCCCAUGGCCAGUUCGAUGAUCAGCUGCAGGAGGAUGACUACGACGACCAGCAGGCGGAUCGCCACCAGCACCGUCCCCAGUCUCGGCACCAAGACCAGUAUCCGGAAGACGAGUACUCGGAUUAUGAGGACGAACUGACCCCCACACGGGACCGGUCGCCGUCACCAUUGCGCCCGGGGUCUUCGGAUUCGCUCAGCCGUCCUCGCCCUCCAGCGCCCCUCUCCCCAACAGCCGCAGCCGACCGUAAGGACGCACUAGAUGCACUGGAGGGACAUAUCCCCGCACCUGCAUCCCCCAAUGAUCCCUACCCACCCACCCGGCGCUCGUCCCGAGCGACGAUCAACAGCGAUGAUGGGUACGAGUACGAUGAUUACAAUGACAACCAAACACCCCGUGCGUCAACGAACCCUACACCCACCCCCGCUCGUCCGCAGCCCCAACGUGCCCCGUCAAUCCGCGCAUCUUCCCGUUCGUCUUCCCGUGCGUCAACAAUGACCCUGGAAGACGAGGUACGAGCGCAGGCGAAAGCGCGUCGCGAGAGCAUGGCCUCCGCUCGGUCCCAGGCACAACCACAGCGUGCACCCUCAGUCGCGAACUCGCUGAACUCCCGUGUAUCAGGAAUGACACUGGAAGACGAGGUACGUGCCCAAGCGAAAGCACGCCGUGAGAGCAUGGCGUCCGCUCGUCCCCCGCCCUCGCGUGCCCCCUCAGUCGCCAACUCGCUGAACUCCCGGGCGUCGGGAAUGACACUAGAAGACGAAGUCCGAGCCCAGGCCAAAGCGCGCCGCGAGAGCAUGGCGUCCACUCGUCCCCCGCCCUCGCGUGCGCCCUCAGUCUCCAGCACGCGUUCCCGUGCGUCUGGAAUGACACUAGAAGACGAGGUGCGAGCCCAGGCUAAAGCGCGCCGCGAGAGCAUGGCGUCCACUCGACCCCAGUCACAACGUACUCCUACGCCCUCGAUUCGCUCUACCGCCUCCGGCAUGAGCAUCGAGGAUAAAGUCCGCGCUGACGCAGCAGCAAGGCGGGAGGAGGAGCAGAGGAAGCGCGAGGCCGCCAACGCGGUCCGGCGCCCUGCGCCGCCGCCUCCUGGCUCUGAGAGUGGGAUGAGUCCCGAGGAGCAGGUUCGGGCGGCGGUUGAGGCUCGCGGUGAGAAGUUCGAGGUCCGUUCCCCGAAUAUGGGCCAUAGGCGUGUCUCUAUGAUCGGCAAGGUCUCCUACUCUAACACUCCAUCCCGAUCGUCGUCCCGGUCCUCUCGUGCUUCGCUGCGCGAUGGGGAUGGGGAUCGAUAUGACACCCGCGCCCCUCCAAGCCCUUCAGUGCGAAGCCGCCCGUUGUCGAAUAUCAAUGAGCGCGCGGUUGAGGACCAAGCCGACGACGGCACCGUUACACCCCGGGUUUCAUCGCCUGUUCGUCUUUCCCGGUACGAGUUCGAGCAGACGCAGAUCCCUGGGACGGCGCAUUGGAAUCCGUCCCAGGCUGAGGUGGACCAGUAUAGUGUCACCGGCUCUGAGUCGGAUGUACACCCGGCUCUGCGCGAAGGGAGCUAUCUCACCCGCUCGCGCUCGAAUCUCAGUCAGUCCAAGCCGGAGUCAAAGGCGACAUCACGCCGCACGUCCGUCGUCAGCACGAACACCGUAACCCCGGAUUCAAAGCAGACGAAUCCCGCAUCUGAAGAGUCCCAGCGUACAUGCCUUACCCUGGACACCCUCUGCGCCGAAUGUGAAGACGUCCUGGCCGACAUCGACCCCGCUGUCCCGGCAAAGUACCUCACCUGCGGCAAAGACGUCCACCCCAUCAUCAUCCACACCUUCAUCAAGGGGACAAUCGACGAAGCGGCCAAGGUAACAGCCUCGUUCCACGAGCGCCUCGCGCGCCUGCUCAACGUCCAAAACUUCCCCCUCCACGCCGCCGUCCGCCGCGCCGAGCACCAAUCCACCCCGUACGCCGGCCACUGGUACGACAUCACAACAGGCGAGGGAGAAGCAAGUCUAACUUGCCGCACAGAACGGCACUACGACCGCAAGACGGAGAAGGAGCCCGGCGGGCUGAAGAGUCUCAUCUACACCCCGUUCUCGUGGGCCAAGCGCCAGGGCAAGAAGAAGGACAAGCACAUCCAAACAACGCACGUCAAGCUCCGCGACCUCGUCUUCCUCCUGGACCUGCCCUUCCCGCUCGAGAAAUCCGGCCCAAUCCACACGAAGAUCCUCACCCCGGGCUUCUUCCCAUCAACCGUCACCCUCACCAAAUUCUACCACGUCCGCGGCGAUCUCACGCUCGCUCGCCUGGAAUGGUGGGAAUGGACACACGGCGCACACGUCGCGCCCGCCACCCCGCUCAAGAAGGCCGACGGCGAGAAUCCACCCCCUAGACGUGGGACCUCGCACCCACACCCCCGCUACCGCGACCGCUUCCGCAUCACCAUGCAGACCCCCGCCAUGAACCCGCGCCUGUACAAGAAGCCCGCCCCCGGGCAGCCCGGCGAACACCCCACGCACCCGUCGGCCGCGGAGUACAUGCACAUGACGCGCAGGGGCGAGUUGCCGACGGGCACGACGUACGACCAGUACCGCGCGACAUUCGCCCAGCGCUAUGUUGAGCGUGAGGCGGAGAUCACCAAGGCGCGCCUUGGAUUGCCCCUGAGCACGGACGCGGAGGUCCCGCGCGCCCCGGGCCCUGCCCCGCCACCGGCUGAAGCCGAGCGCCCCCGCCCGGGCCCUGAUCGCCGCAAGACGUACAACCCGCACCAUUCCGAGCGCCAGGUCCCGCCUCCGGCCGCGGGCGUGCCCCGCCAACCCUCCACCUCGGUCUCCUCUGUCAGUAGCCAGAGGCGCACGUACCAUGCCCCCCGCCACUCAUCCCGCCCUGAGACACGCGCCGAGCGUCGACCCUCCGAGGCGUCGUCGCAUUCGCGCUCGCGCACUGGGGAACGGACCAACACCCGUCGACCGACCGAGCGAUCGCUUGUCGACCGGGACGAACAGCGGGAGCGUCAGGGGCAGCGUCAUCGGCGGAGCGCGGAGACUUGCAUUACCAGUGAGCCGGAUACUGAGGCCGGGCGUAGGUGA